GCUCGGCGCCACGGAGAGGGAGGAGGGAGGGCGCCCAGUCCCAGCCCAGAGCUUCAAAACAGUCCGGCGGCCUCGCCUCGCGCCCCAGCCCGACUAUCUGUCCAGCCGCCAGCAUCCGCACAUCUCCUCUGGGCUUUAAACGCUACUCCGUGCGCCACCGUGCCCCGUGAAAAUGUUGGUGCUUCUGGCUUUCAUCAUCAUCUUCCACAUCACGUCUGCGGCGUUGCUCUUCAUUGCUACCAUCGACAACGCCUGGUGGGUAGGAGAGGAGUUUUUUGCAGAUGUCUGGAGAGUAUGCAUCAACAACACGAAUUGUACAGAAAUCGAUGACUCCAUUCAAGAAUUCUCCACGGUGCAGGCGGUCCAGGCCACCAUGAUCCUGUCCACCAUCCUCUGCUGCAUUGCCUUUCUGAUCUUCGUGCUCCAGCUCUUCCGCCUCAAGCAGGGAGAGAGAUUUGUUUUAACCUCCAUCAUCCAGCUCAUGUCGUGCCUGUGUGUCAUGAUUGCAGCUUCCAUUUAUACAGACCGGCGCGAAGACAUUCACAAGAACAACUCAAAACUGUACGACCUGACCUCGGACGGCAGCUACGGCUACUCCUUCAUCCUGGCCUGGGUGGCAUUUGCUUUCACCUUCAUCAGCGGCCUCAUGUACCUGAUACUGAGGAAGCGCAAAUAGAGCCGAGGAGCUGGGUCGCUUUCGCUGCAGUACAGAAUCCACGUUCAGAUAACCGUUUUGUAUAUAAUC